ACCCUGCGACUCAAUGAUUGUUGGUCUUCAGCCCACAGUGAUUUGAGAAGUCAAGUUAGCACCAGCUAACACAGCUGCGGAAACACCAACUCUCGUCUGGGUUUUACUUCUUCGCUUAAACGUAGCCGGCUUCUGGUUUUCUCUGCACCUGCAAACAUGGUCAACGUACACAAAGGUGUCCUCGUGGAAUGUGAUCCUGCCAUGAAACAGUUCCUCCUCUACCUGGAUGAAAAGAUGGCUUUGGGGAAGAAGUUCAUACUGAAGGACCUGGACGACACACACGUGUUUAUCCUGGCAGAGGUGGUUCAGAUCCUUCAGGAAAGAGUCGGAGAGCUCAUGGACCAGAAUUCAUUCCCCAUCACGCAGAAAUGACAACUGUCUGAUCUUGGACUCUUGACUGUUUCACCCUGGAUUAAAUAAGCUCUGCAAUGUUUUAAAUGCAGUCCCUUAUUUUUGUAAUAUUAGUUUCAAUUCGUUGCACCCUGCCUUACAUUGUAGGGUCUUAGUUGUGUCCAAUAUAUGACUACUUUUUGUGUCUUGAUUUUUUGAUUAAAAAUUGCUGAAAUGUA